AUGGCUUUCUCUAUGCUUUUCACAGGACAUGCUGAAUGUGGAGGAUACACAAAGGAGAAUGUAGCUCGUUGUUGGACCGUUGAGACUGGCAUUCUUUUGGAUACAGAACUUCCUAAUGAGAUUCCUGAAAACGACUACAUAAAGUAUUUUGCGCCGGAUUUUUCUUUGAAGAUACCGGGUGGUCACAUUGAGAAUCUUAAUACCAAAUCGUACAUCAGUUCGAUCAAAGUGCAGAUUUUGGAGAAUUUGCGAUACAUUCAACACGCUCCAAGCGUACAGAUGCAGGAGGUUCCACCGGAUUUCUACAUACCGGAUUUUGAUGAAGACGAACAAAACCCGGAUGUACGUGUGGAUCAGCGUUCACGGGAUAAGCAGAUCCAAAGGGAUGAUGAAUAUUUCGAUGGAGACAACGAUAACGAUGCGUCGUAA